AUGGAAUGCGAAAACCCGUCAUGGGACGACCCGUCGUUGAUGAACGCUACUAAUAAUGCUAAUAAAAAGGUUAAGUUUAUGUACAGUUAUGGGGGCAAAAUCCAGUCGCGUUCACACGAUAACCAGCUCGCUUACGUUGGUGGAGAUACGAAGAUCCUGGCUGUUGAUCGCAACAUAAAGUUUUCUGCUAUAAUGGCUAAGUUAUCUUCUCUCCACGGUGGGGAUUGUGAGGUUUGUUUCAAGUAUCGGCUUCCCGGUGAAAGUCUCGACGCUUUGAUUUCCGUUACGAAUGAUGAAGAUCUGGAGCAUAUGAUGGUGGAAUAUGGUCGGACGCAUCGUGUCUCCGCCAAACCGGCCCGGUUGAGGCUGUUUUUAUUCCCGUUGAACGCACCGUUAGUGACUCCAGGAUUUGAAGGGAGUGAACCGAAGUCUGAGCGGCAAUGGUUUGUUGACGCCUUGAAUUCGGUUCAGAUUCAAAAUCUUGACGCUUCUUCGCCUCCAGCUGCUGCUGUGCCGGCAACAAAUCCCGAUUUCCUCUUCGGUUUGGAUAAGGUGAAGAUGCCGGAUUCUGUCCCUCCUCCGAUUGCGGCGGUUCCACAGGAGGUUGUUGUGAAGGAUGUGACAGUGGGAUCGAACUGCGGAUCGGAGGACCGACAUGUGAUCGCUGACCUGAUGAUGUUUCCAGCGGAGAUCCAGAAACAGAUCCAGGAGUUACAGAGGAUGCAUAUUGCUGCAACUCAAGAACAAAGCAUUUUGCAGAGAAAAUUUGAUGAACCAAACGCUAAAGCUUACAAUACUCAAGAUUAUUCUAAAACGUCUGAUAAAAUCGCCGCUUCACCAGUACCCGUAUCAGCUCCGUUACAAAUUCCGGUUCAAACGGCUUAUUUAACCAACGCUGCUUAUACGGUAACUACAGCCGCUGCCCCGGUAAACCGACCGGUUUACCUAAUUCCAGCUUCCGUGGCUGGUGUUUAUCAGCAGCCUCCAACGAUACGACACGUGACCGUACCAGCUGGUCAACCUUACUACGGCGUACAACAUGUUGUUCAAGAUAUUUACCAAGAGCAACCGGUUUACAAUGCGGUGCCAGCCUCAAAGGUUGGUACUUACGCUGAGGGAAUCCCAGUUAUGCAAUCGAAGGGUGGGGUUUCUGAUUCUGGGUAUGUACAGGUGGCUUAUGAUGGGGCUGGAAGACAGGUGUAUUACACGGCGGCGCCAUAUCAGGUGGUGACGCUAAUGACACCAGUGGGUGGUGUUCCGGCGUUAAAUCAAGAUGGUAAGGUUGCGGUGAACCCUAAGGUUCCUCCCCCAACUUCUUCCGUGUGA